ACAAACACUUUGAAAUUUCACGGACCUUUCUCUGAAAUAAUACCCUGGGGCCCAGAGGUUAUUGCAUUCUCGCUCCGGCAUUUGCUGUGUUGACGAGUAGUGAGCUCGCUCGUUCAAUGUUCCGGGAAAAGCGAAUAGAACCUCUGGAGCCCAGGGUACUGGAAUAAUGUAUAUUCUGCACAAAAUCGACUCUAACUCUGAGCAACAGAGACCUCGAAACUGGACUAUUAUUGAGUUAUGUAGCGACGAAACAGCAAACACUGCAAAGUUCGGGCAAGCUGGCUUGGCGCGUGAUAGGUAACUGAUUCAGCAUACAGUACUCUUCUCAUCACACUGACACACUUACGAGCUUAACUUUUGCUGGAAAACGUGACAAAGUUGGGGAUCCAAACUGAAAUGCCAGGAAUGGAGGAUAACGUUGACUUGCGGAAAGAUCCCGAAAACGCUCUGGAUACUACGGAACAAGACUUCUCAAGACUAACUCAAGAAGACGAAAGAGUCAUUGGAACUCCAGAUGACGAUAAUAAAGAUCACGAGGAACAUUGUGAUUACUAUAGCUGUCCUGUUGAUAUAAGCAGAAAGAUUCCAUACAAGAGGAAAACAAGCACUGAACCUUACUCCUCUGUUCACCAAAAGAAAACAUCUCCGGUUCAAAUAGAUGCAACUGCGCAUGCGCGCAAAGACGAUAAUUCUCUUUGUGCUACAGAAGCAAGGUCGUUACCCUCUCCUUUGCCUUCGCAUUUCGUAAAUGAAGAAAAUUCUUUUAAACAGGAACCGAUAAGAAAAAACAUCACCUUCCUGUCCGCCUCGAACCGCAAUCUUGAAGAAUGCGGAAAUAUUAAAUACACGAGCUUGGAAAGUGAAAUUCGAAAACGAUCCAAGACAGAACAGGAGUCCAAGAAAGUGAACGGUUUGGGACUUACAACACUUAAUCAUCGCGAAAAUGUUUCGAAUUCUGAAAAGAGAAAACCUUUCAAAAAUAAAGACGAGAAGCGGUUGUCUGCUUUAGGCAUCCACGAGGAAGUGUUUGAAUGUUGUUUGGGAGAUUGGAUUGUCACAGAUUUGGAUUUGAAGGUUUACGAGAUGAAACAAGCUCAAGAUGUUACGUACUUGAGAGAAAAACGCAAGCAAAAGACGUUUUCUCUUCGCUUGUGCAGAUGUUGGAUUUCGUAGUUUUAGUCAAGAAGUCAAGAAGUGGUCCACAGAAUAGAAACCCGAUUUAUUGAUCAGAGACCUGUUGUGGAAAUGCUCGAUAGAGUGUCCGGCCGUAGUGACUCCAUUUCGAUAUGACACAAAUAUGUAGUUUACUGUAUAUGCUAUUAUAAAAUAACUGUUACAAAUCUC